GCUGCGGCGCUGGGGCCGCCAUGUCGCCUUUGUCUGCGGCGCGGGCGGACCUGCGGGUCUGCGCGGCGGGGACGGCAGUGACCCUGGCGCCGCCGCUGCGUCGCUGCUGCGGGGGCUUCACCGAGCUAGCAGGUCCGCACGGAUGAAUGGACGUCCAACUGGCAAGGCAAGGCUCCCAGCAGACAAGCCAUGGAGAGUAAGAGUCUGGAAGGUCCCCAGGCAGACCUGAAGCUGGUGGCCCACCCCCGUGCCAAGAGCAAGGUGUGGAAGUACUUUGGCUUCGACACAGAUGCGGACGGAUGCAUCUUGCAGUGGAAGAGGAUCUACUGUCGCAUCUGCAUGGCGCAGAUCGCCUACUCUGGAAACACCUCCAACCUGUCCUACCACCUGGAGAAGAACCACCCCGAGGAGUUCUGCGAGUUUGUCAAGAGCAACACUGAGCAGAUGCGCGAGGCCUUCGCCACUGCCUUCUCCAGACUCAAACCGGAAGCAUCCUCCCUGCAGUCUGUACCGGACACCCUGGCCACCGCCACGGCCCCUGCCAAGGCCGGCCACAGCUACGAGAGCAAGAAGCAGCAGGAGCUCACAGCUGCCAUCCUGGGGCUCAUCUGCGAGGGGCUGUACCCAGCGUCCAUCGUCGAUGAGCCCACUUUCCGGGUGCUGCUGAGAACAGCCGACCCCAAGUACGAGCUCCCUAGCCGGAAAUUCUUCACCAGCAAGGCCAUUCCACAGAAAUACGGGGAGGUGCGGGAAGCCGUGCUCAAGGAGCUGGCUGAUGCCUCGUGGUGCGGCAUCUCCACGGACACGUGGAGGAGCCACAGCCAGAACCGAGCCUACGUGACGUUGGCGGCCCAUUUCCUGGGCGUGGGCUCCCCCAGUGGCCUGUCCAUGGGCUCUCGGUGCCUGAAGACCUUCGAGGUGCCGGAAGAUAACAUGGCAGAGACCAUCACCCGUGUGCUGUACGAGGCCUUCAUUGAGUGGGGCAUCAGCACCAAGGUCUUUGGGGCCACCACCGAUGCUGGGAGGGACAUGGCAAAGGCCUGCUCCUUGCUGGACAUCCCGGUGCAGAUGCCGUGCCUUGGCCAUGCCUUCGACGUGGCCAUCCGGCAGGCCUUCCAGUUGCCCAAGCUGGCCGGGCUGCUCUCCCGGUGCCGUAGGCUGGUGGAGUACUUCCAGCACUCGCCUGUGGCCAUGUGCAUCCUGUAUGAGAAGCAGAGGCAGCAGGGCGUGGCCACACCACCAUGCAUGCUUGUGAGUGACCGCGUGUGCUGGUGGGGCAGCACGCUGGCCAUGCUGCGGCGGCUCCAGGAGCAGCAGUUGGUUGUAGCGGCUGUGCUGGUGGAGGACAGCAACAACCACCACCUUAUGCUGGAAUCUGCUGAGUGGACCACUGUGGCGGGACUGGUGGACCUCCUGCAGCCCUUCCAGCAAGUGGCUGAGACACUGGCCACCUCCAGGUACCCAGCCAUCAGCAUGGUGAAGCCACUUCUGCACAUGCUCUUGAACAGCACGCUCAGUGCCAAGGACACGGACCCCAAGGAGAUCAGCAUGGCUAAGGAGGUCAUUGCCAAGGAGCUCUCCAGGACAUACCAGGACAGCCCUGAGGUGGACCUGUUCCUGAACGUGGCUACCUUCCUGGACCCACGGUACAAGCGGCUGCCCUUCCUGUCUGCUUUCAAGAGGCAACAGGUGGAGAACCGUGUGGUGGAUGAACUGAAGGGUCUUCUCGACAAGGCCCAGGAUGCCCACUUGGGGCCGACAGCAGCGGAGGACAAGGUCUACCCUGUACCUGAAGAGCCGCCAGCCAAGAAGCUCCCGCUGGCAUCCACACCCCCAUCCAGCACCGCCAUCCACGACCUGCUGGCUGAGAUCUUCUGCCCCGUGGACUGUGGGGAGGACCAGGAAGAGUGGCACGCCCAGGCUAUGGAGGAGCUGAGCAAUUUCAAGUCACAGAAGCUGCUCGGCCUCCACGAAGACCCCCUCAAGUGGUGGUCGGAUCGCCUGGCACUCUUCCCUGGCCUGCCCAAGGUGCUGCAGAAGUACUGGUGUGUGGCGGCCACGCGUGUCUUUCCUGAGCGCCUCUUUGGAUCAUCGGCCAACAUGGUCAGUGCCAAGAGGAACCGCCUGGCCCCCGCACAUGUUGAUGAGCAGAUCUUUCUCUAUGAGAAUGCCCGGAGCUCUGGGGCUGAGGGUGAACCCCAAGAUGAAGAUGAAGGCGAGUGGGGCUUGGACCAGGAGCAGGUGUUCCAGCUGGGGGAUGGCACCAAUGGCACCUUCUUUGGCAUCAGGGACACCAGCUUCUUAUAGGGACAAUGGUUUCCAAUCGCUUGAGAACUGCAAUGAAUUCAUCUUGAAAAGUCUUGUGGGAGUUGGCAGUAAGGCCAUGAGGUUCUGGAUUCGUCUGUCUGGGAAGGGUCUUUAUGUUUGAUUCUGUGUCUUGACUAAUGGGUCAGAUUAAGAUUUUCUGUGUCUUCAUGAUUCAGUUUUGGUAGUGUGUGUGGCCCGGGGGGGGGGGGGGGAUGCUUCCACUCUAAAUCUUGACUCGGCUGGCUCCAUGUUGAUUCAGAGACAAUGCACGGCAUGUGAACUGAGACAGGUGAGAAGAAGGAAGAAGGGCAUGGCCCUGAGCAUCUUGGAGCCCACAAAACGAAUUUUCCUCUGUGGGUUUCUCCUUAUCCUUGAGACUCAGGAGAUUAGCUCUGCACCCAGUUCCUGUCUGGCAGUUGCAAAUCCCAAACCAGAGCACACAGAAUGUUUUUCCUCCAUGCAAUUCAUGUUCUUCCUGGGAGGGCUUUUGUUGCAGCCCUGGGCAUGGUGGAUGAAGGGGAGGAAUGCCCGGAGCUCAGGUUGGGACACAAGGAACCGCCCCCAAGCAUUGGUUAUCACACAUGAGCUUACUGCACGUGCACAUCUUCCUUGAAAGCACGAGGCUGCUUCCUGUGUAAACUUGGACAAGAUUCUUUAAUUGCCACGUGCAUCUCUUAUAAACCCCCAGGUUUUAUGGUUGUUGGUGAGAAAUGUUAAUGAGCAUAAAAUGCACACAUUUGGGUAAAAAAAUGUUGUCGUGUGUGGGAUAUCUCUGGUCGUACUGCCUGCAAAUGGUCAUCUCAUGUUGGCCAAAUAUUUGCUUUGUAGACUGUGCCGGCCUGUAGCACAAAGAACCGUGUUUCCUGAAACAGAGUGGGAAUGCGGGGACAAGGACACAAAGAAUGGAGCCAAGACAAAUCCUGAUCAAGGCUCAUUUAUUCAACAAGUCCAGUAGUAUUUAAACAUGACCAGUUGUACACAAGAAGGCACACAGAGGAUUUACAUAUCUAAAAUUCUUUUGGGGUUACAAAGAGUUCCCAAAGAGUUCCCGAUGAAGUUCUUCUGCUUAACAGAUCACAAGAUGUUAUCAAUCAUUGAUUCCAAUGGCAUAAUAAAACACCUAGGUAAUAAA